AUGGAAGAGUCGAGCAACGAGUCGGAGUGCAGCAAAUACUGGCAGGCAUACCCGGAUCCAGCUUCAUCGCCUUAUGCCAUCAUUCCUUUCUCGGUUGUCUACGUCACUCUGUUCAUUCUGGGUCUCGGUGGCAACUCAAUGCUCAUAUACGUCACUUGCAAACACAAAACUCUGCAGGUUUCUUUUACUGAGAAAUCGUAAAAGCCGGCCCAGGUCGGGUUGCGUAGUUCCGUGAGGAUUCUUUCGAUUCAAUUGCAACUUUUAGAGCUGUCCAGAGGAUUUUUGCAGAAUCUAGAGUGAAUUAUCUCGUUCAAAUUUUUUUGUCGAAGUUUGAUCCUUGAAAACUUUUUUUCGCUGUCAUUGAAAAGUUAAUUUAUUUAAUAUCCAACAGAUUUCUCGGAUUAAAUUUAAAUCAUUCUUUCCAAUUUUUUUCAAAAACUUCCUCAUAUAUUAUUCCAGAAAAGUUUUUUUAGAAAUAAAAAAACUUCAACAAACUGCAAAUAUAAUGAACAAGGUUUCAAAAAAACUUGCAAACACAUCAUUUAUUUCCAAUUUUCACAACUGGUCUUCAAAAAAAGUGACUUCAGAAAUCUAUUUUUUUAAGCAUUUUUUUCGUGAAAAAAAUUGAGACAGAAUGAAAACAAAAAGUUUUUUUCAAAAAUUUUUCUACGCCAUUCACAGCUUGAUUAUCAUUGGUGAAGGAAACCUCUGUGAAAUGCAUCAGAAAUUGAAAAAAAUGACAUUACUUUAAUCAGAUUCGUUUGAAAGACUGGUAUUUAUCAAUCAAAAUUAGGAAAUGAGAGCGGUUUGUCAUCGAAUAGCUUUGAAAAAAAGUCACUGCCCUCGCGCUCUUUUUUCAGGAAGUGAGACAUUCCUACACAAUGAGCUCAACUGACAUCAAACAAAGUCCCAAGAGUUGAUUCAUUUCUCUUCAAAAAAAAGCUUAUUGUGAAAUAGAAAUUUUUUUCUUUCUAAAACCGAGUGAAUUAAUUUUAGAAAUCAAAAGCCAAAUGUAAAUUAUUAGAUUUUUACUGCAGGUUCGAGGCAGAUUUGGAUGGUUCUGAACUUCAAACAGAAUUAAAAUUUUUUUAAAUAAAGAAAAAGCGUGUUGAGAGCUACUGCACAACUUCAAGAUUGAUAGAAAGAUUUGAGGAUUCAUUCCUCAAGAAAAAAUUUUCAUUUUGAAUGUUAGCGAACUCGAUUUGAAUACAAAUGCCGGGCCACAAGUGGGAUGGCUCAAGUUUCAAAGAGUACGGUAGCCUUCUUCAACCGAAAAACGACAGUGAAGCUUGAGUUACAUCCAACGCGAUCAAAGCGUUUCAAACAAACCUUUAAAAAAAAAAGGCUCAAGAAUAGCACAGCACUUCUUCAUACAAAGUUGAAAGAGAAAAUGUCCUUAGGAGCUUUAAUAGAACUCUGCGAAAGAGUAAUUUGAGGUUUCAUUUUCCAAUUCAUGAGGAGUUCUUGUGUUUCUGGUUUUUAGUCAAGCUAUGACGCUUUUUAAUCGUCAAAACCCUCUUUUCUCCCUUCCAUGGGAGACACACUUACUUCGGGAUUGAAACUGAAAUAAAAAAAUAAUUAUUUAAUCAAUAGAUUUCUUUCAGACUGUGCAGAACAUGUUCAUUCUGAAUUUGGCAGCAAGCGACAUAAUGAUGUGUUUGUUGUCGCUACCAAUAACUCCCGUUUCUAACGUGUAUAAGAACUGGUACUUUGGCGAUUUGUUGUGUCAUUUAAUUCCCUGCGUUCAAGGUUGGUUCGAAAACGGAAAAAAUGGACAAGUCAAAGCUUUUCUUGCAGGUGUCAGCAUAUUUGUUUGUACAUUCAGUCUCGGAGCCAUUGCAUUAGAUAGAUACAUUUUGGUAAGUUUUCGAGCUGGAAAAACAUUAUUAUCGAGUAGAUCAAAGCGUACUCUGGCCUACUCUCAAAAAUUACACAGCUACGUUUUAACAAAUUUUUAUUGAGUUUAUAAGCUCAUUUUUUUGAGAUCUUUUUCGUUAAUCAUAGCCGAUAUUUCAUAACCAAAAACUGGAGAAGUAAAAAAUUUAAUUUUGAAAGUACCUUUUUUUUAGGUUGUAAAACCCCAUGCUAAGCCUCUUUCGCGGAAAGGUGCUGUGAUGGCGACUAUUAUUCUAUGGACUCUAUCUUUCUUAGUAACUUUGCCGUAUGCGUUCAACAUGGGGGUCGUAACUUACGAGGUUAGUUUUGCCUUGGUUUUUCAAUUACAAAAGGAUUUUUUUCCUAAGGAGGUUUUUUUUUUUGUUUUACGUCUUCGCGAAACGUCUUUCGACUUAUAAGAUAAAGCAAUCUCUUGAAAUUUUCAGCUUUCCAAGAAAAACACAUUAGAUUGGUUUUUUAAAAGCUUUGUUCAAUCUGAAACUUUAAGUCGCUCUUUCUUUGAAAAAAAUUGCAAAAUUCAGAAACCUUUGUAUUGAUUUUUGAGAAUUGAGUACAAGUUCUUAUUUUUUUGCAAAGAAAAAAAUUGGAAAAAAAUGUUGUAGGAUCACCAAAUAUGUGGAAAGUUCUGCACGGAGAAGUGGCAGUCACCAACAUUGCGAAGAGCUUACACCAUGGGUGUAAUGCUUUCUCAGUUCGUGCUCCCUUUUGCCGUCAUGGCCAUUUGCUACGCUCACAUUUUCGCCGUCCUGAAUCGGCGAGCACAGGUGAUACCUCUGCGGUAACGGUUAGAGGAAAUAAGAAGUUAAGGUUAAAAUAAGGCGUAUGGAUGAGCGUUCGAUUGCGCUGGAAAAUUCAUGCGUCAUGCCGUGCAAUUUGAAAAACGAAAUUAACACAAAUGGGAAUGAGGUUUUAAAAAUUAAUCUUAUAAGAUUUUCACGGGUUUUUCGUAGAUGAACAAUUUUCUCGACAAGCAGGAAAAGGAAAAGCAGAGGCUGCUCCAGCAAAACCGAAGGUGAUCUUUUUGAAGUUACUCGUGGUUUUCAUUGAGCAGUGGGGUGAAAACUGCAAGAUUGAAAGGUUCUGUCAAACAGUAAUAUAGUGAACCAAACUUUGCAAGUAAAGUUUGAGAGGUCAAAGAUUGAUUGAUUGCUGGAAGUCGGCUGAAACGCAUUUACAUCUUGUAUCUGACGUGAAAUCUUUUUUCUGUCAGUAAUCUACAGCUGAUUUCUCUAAAAUUUGACUGCGAGGAUGAAAAAGUUCGUAUAGCUUGGGCUACAGUUACUACUCGACCAAGUUUCAGAUUUUUCUCAAGGCUUGUGUUUGCGGAGUUUGAAACGAUAAUUAUGAAAUUUCUAAUGAUAGAAAUUAGGAUUGUUGAAAAGUGCCAGAAAGCCACUUAAAAAUCAUUAAUUCAGCUUCCACUUUUUUUCCUAAUGAUCUAUCUGAACAGAACAACGUCGAUUCUUGUCACGAUGGUGGUCUGGUUCGGCAUCACUUGGCUGCCACAUAACGUCGUCUCCAUCAUCAUCGAAUACGACGACACUCAAAGUUUUUUUCCGACUUUUCAACCGCGAAGAUUUGGACAUUAGCUAUCUUGUCAACCUUUUCACCCACUGGUCAGUUUUCCAAUGCUAUGAGAUGAAAUUUUAAAAAAUCCGAGUAAAAAAUAAGAGAAACAUGAAAAUAAAAAUUAUUUCUCAUCUCAAAAAAAAAAAAGUUCAGCAUCGCAAUGUCAAACAACGUUGUGAAUCCGGUAUUGUACGCCUGGCUCAACCCUACCUUCCGCGUACUUGUUGUUAAAACAUUCUUCCCACAUAAACAUAAUGGUGGCAGGUAUGUUACGAUAAAUGCGAAAACUUUUUGCGAACAUUGUUUUUUUUUUUUUUGAAUCAAUAAACUUCAGAAGUCCCUUUGAGGUAAAAGCUGAGUUCCGAAAUUUUCCCAUAGCCUUUUUCAGUGAAAAUGAAAGAAACUAGAAGUUUGGCUGUAAUUUGUUUCUGCCAGAUAGUGUGCAAAAAAUAAAUCAAAAAAAAAAUUAAACUAUGAAGACUUUGGAAAAGAAUUAUCCCACAAAAUGAAAAAAAAAAACAAAAAUUCGGUUUUUGGAAAGUAAUAGAAGCAAUGUUUUUGAUUCAAAAUUUCUCCAAAGCUCUCAACUACAGUUUUUCAGAAACGCUAAAGCAUCCGCUUAUAAAAAUCUCGCUACGAAGACGACCUUAUUGCCCAAACCUUCGGAAAGCGAAGCCUCUCCACGUAAGUUUCUUUCUUUUUGAAAAAACCUCAGAAUGAAUCAAUUUCAGAGCCAAAAUCAGUCCCUCUGCCGCCGAUCACGACGAAUGGAUUUUUAACGGCUCCAAUAACUAGAGAGUUUGUAGCUCAGCAAUCGUUUAAGAUUAACAAUUCGUUUUCAGGGACACUCCGUCCAAAUCGUUGCUCAUCGAGUUCAACGCGAAUGAUACUUUCGUUUGA